UUUGAACGGGUGUAUAUUUGUUCAUACUGUAUUCGUGUAUUGAAUUAUGAAACCUCAGAAAAACAUUGCUUAUAAAUACGAUCAUUCAAUGAUUUUUUAAUGUCUAUAGAACAAAAAUGAUAUUUACAAGAUGUCACAAUUACGAAAAUCAGCAUCAUUUCGUUCAAGAAUACCAAUAAGAAGAUCAAAUAUACCGAACCGAAGAUGUCGAAGUCCACCAGCAAAUAUAAAUAACAAUAAUAUUAAUAAUAACAGAAACGAUAGUGGAUUAAAUGAAAGCAGUUUUAAUGUACCACAAAAACGUUCUCGAAGAUCACAUAAGCAACGAAAUUUUAUACGUCGAUAUUCAUCAUCGAGUUAUUCGAGCAGCGAUGAAAGUUUUAUAUCCGAUCAACCAAUUAAGAAAAAAAUUAGCCAUUUUAAUGCGACACCAGAGUUGUUCUAUACAUCAAAUGAUGCAUUAAGUUUAAACGCUUUACUUGAUUCAGUAAGCAGUGGUGGAACAUUUUCGAGCCCUCCGUCACCAAUUCAUCAAAUCUAUGAAAAUUCAAUGGUACAUCAUUCGUCAGAUAGUUAUGAAUCUUUGGAUCGAUAUGAUGUAGCCUUGGAAAAAUUAAGAAUUUCGGAUAAUUUAAAUAAUAUUGGUGUAAAAUUACCUUAUCCACCACACGAAGAAACACGCAGAGUUCAUCAGAAUUUUUCAAUAAAUAAUUUAAGAGGAAAGCGUGAAAUUUGUUCUGAAGAAAAUAAGUAUGGUAGUGAUUCUAAUCUUAAAGUCAAACAACUUAAAGAUGAUUGGUAUAAUUUGAGGAGACGUCAAAAUUUUCACAAUGAAAAACAUAAUAAUAAUAAUGAUAUUAAAAAUUAUAAUAUUCGGAUUAAUAAAAGAAAUGAUAAUAAUUAUGUGACUGAACUAAGUAAAAGUGUAAAUGAUGGCCGACCUCAGGGACAUAGAAUGAAAAAAAUCCUCACUAGGAUACCAAAUACUCUAUUGUCUAGUCAAGAUGAAAUGUUCAUUUUACCUAAUACUGAAUUUCAGCAAAACUCAUAUAUUUUGUGUGAUAAUGGUAAAAAGCAACAAUUACAAAAUUAUCAUCAUCAAGAACAGCAAAAUAUUCGACAACAACAACAACCAUGCAAUCUUCUAAGCUCUUCUAAUUCAAUUGUUAAAAAAUUUAAUCAAAAAAAGAAAAAAUCAUUUACAUUACAACAAAAUCGACUACCAAUUAAAACGAUAUUAGCUCCGUCAGAAGAAAUUUCAUUAUUUAAAAGACCAACACCAUUAAAUAUUAAAGAAUCAUCUGGAUUUUUAUCGCAUAUGCCUAAAUCUCGUGUAGAGAACAAUGUGACUAAUAUUGAUAACGAUGCAAAUGAUAAUUUUACAAAAGAAUUUUUUGAUGAGAAAAAUUUACGUAGACAUUAUUGGAAUGAAAAAGAAAACCAGAGUUAUAGUAAUGAUAGUACUAAAAGACGUGAUCAACAUGAAAAUUUAAAAUUUAAAAAUGAAUUUGACUUACCAAUACCAUCAGCUUCAGAUGCCUGUUAUGAGGUUAGUCAAAAUUUACAACGUAAAUUACAACAGAAUCAAACAAUAUCUGAAAACAAUUCUUUAAAUAAUAGAAAAAGGAAUGGUGUAUUUUGGUUUUCAUCAACAUCAACAUCAUAUUCAAAUAGCCCUAAUUUGUUCUAUAAUAAUCCUAUAGAUAUGGUAGAUAGUAAAAUGAAUGAAAAUAAUGAUAAUAUUAUGAAAAGACGUCAACCACAUAACGAAAAAUUACCAACACAGCCACCAAAUUAUUACAAUAGAACAGAUUUAUAUGAAAAUGGUAUUGAAAUGGAAACAUUAAAAAUUGGGGCAUUCGAAAAUGAUUUAAAUUUAAUGCCUGUUCAAAGGAAUGUAAAAAUACAACAACAGCAACAACAACAAAAAUGUGAUGUGGAUAUAAAAACAAAAUCUAAAAUUGAAGCAAUAAAAACUCCUACCGAUCCUGAUAUUAAAUUAUAUACGAGUUUUAAUCAAGAAAACUAUAAAAAUAUGUGCCGUAAUAUGGCUGCAAAUAGUUUUCAAAAACGAAAUAACAAAAAAAAUAAUAAUAAAUUUAUUUCCGAUAUGAAAAUGAUGACAACACAAGUACAAAAUUUUUCAUCAUUCAAAGAUACCACAACAUUAUCACCAUCAGUUACAGAUUCAGUUUCAGCUUCAACAUCAGCAAUAUCAUCGUCUUCUUCAAGAGUAAAACAACUUAAAAACGAAAUUGAAAAAAAUCAAAUGAAUAACCAAAGAAACGAAAACAAUAAUAUUCCGAAUUUUAGUAUCAAAAGUUCAACAAACGAACAAAAUACUAUCAAUAAUAUUGAUAAUAUUAUUGAUCAUAAUGAUGAUGAUAUUGAUGAUGAUGAUGAUAUUGAUGAUAUAAGUAAUAAUCAUAUUAGAUGGUAUAAAGUAAAUGAAAAUUUUUGGCAAUUGAAAAAGUCACAAUACAAAGAAAAACAAAAGAUUUCAGAAGCUAUGGAAAACGAAAGGAUGAUAAUAAAAGAUGAAGGCAACAAUAGUUGUAAUAGUAAAUUUAAUAAUAAAGCGACUAAACAAAAAUACAGCGAUAACGAUAGAAAUGAAAUAGAACAGGAUAAUAAUAAUAUUGAUAUUGAUAAUAGGGAUGAUGACAGUGAAAUGUAUUAUCAAAAUAUCGAUGAAACUUUUAAUAGACAACGAAAUUUUUCAAAUGAUCAAUCCUUCAAGUAUCCAGAAUAUUCUUUUCAACCGAACAAUCUUGAAUUUCAACAUUCAACAAAUUUUAUGAGAAUUAAUUCACCUGGAAUUUUAUCACCAUCAAAGACUAAUGAUAAUUUUUCAAAUUUUCCAAUAUCUAAUACACAACGACCUUUUAAUAAUAAUAUUAUUUAUACGAAUAAUACGAACAAUAUUGAAGAUAAAGAUGGUAACUGUAUCAGUAAUAACGAUGACAAUAAAAAACAAUUUAAUAAUGAACAAAAGAAUUAUAGUGAUUGUAAUACAACAACAGAUAUAAAUUCUGUUAUAUCAUCAGAUCGUAUAAGAACGCCAACUAAUUGUGGUACUGAAUUAGCUAAAAAAUAUUUGGAGGCAAAAAGGCGACCCUUACCCAGAAUUCCAUUACAAGAUGAGUACAAAAAUUAUUGCAUCAACAUAGGUUGCCCUCAGUCUGUUUUAGGUUGCCCCCAAGGGGAGCAAACACUAACAGAGCCAACAAAAUUAUCUGAUUGGCCACCAGAACCAGAAUUACCAUUAGAAUCACAAUGGGCUGAUGGUAUUACGGAAGGAUAUUGGGAUCAAGGUGGUCCAUGGAUCUUUCCACCGAAAAGUACAACUUCGUAUCGAAGUGAAUGUGAACUUUCUGGUUCUUAUGUAUCAUUGGAAUGUCCAUCACCGCCAGGUCCACCAACAUGUCUUCCAGAGUCUAGAAGGGAUCCACAAGCAAGACUUAAUAAUUAUUUAAAAACAUUGUAUACGGAUUUGGCUCUUAAAGAACCCAUUAUACCACCAUGGGCGAUUCCUGUUGCGCCAGGCGCUUUAAGUCCGGCUCGUCUAGAACCAGAUUUAAGAUUACAUGUACAAUCACAUGGUUCCACAGAUUGUUUAACAAUAGAUCAAUUAUUGCUGCCCGUUCAUACAAAAGACGGAAGUUUUCUAGAAGCUCCACGACGUGUUCUUAUUGAGUGCCCGCCAUGGGCAUCUAGAUCGAAUUUGGCCUUAAGAAUACUUCAUGGAUGGGCAAGAGAACCACCGUGGCCACCGAAAGGUACUCCAAUUGCAAUGGCCUUUUUAAUACCGUUAGUUGAAAUUAAAAGAAGCUUUGCAAAUUAUGUUGAAAAGGAACUCUUACUAAAAGGACCUAUGAACCCAUUUGCAAAUGGUUUCGGCGGAUUUUCGGCAGCUUGGAAUACUUUAGAAAGUUUGGGACCUAAGCUUUUGUUUGUUCUUGAUGGUUAUGAUAAUCAAAGAGGUUCACCAAAACGUAAAGGAAAGCAGUACCCACCAGAUGUUCAUGAUUUAUUAGAUGGAAAGCUGUUUCCAGAAGCUCGAGUUAUCAUAACAACAUCCAUAUCAAAUUGUAAUGAACUUUUACCAUUAAUUCAACGACAUGUAACAUUUGAAGGUUUAACAUGGGGUCGUUCAGCAUCGUUACUAGGUGGAGGGCAAUGGGGUGCCGCGCCAUCACGCUUACUCGAUACCGUCCAAGAAUGUCCAGCUCUGAGAAAAAUUGUUCGAACACCGCUUGGAUGUCUCGCUAUUGCCGCUAUAUUUGAAGCAACAGCUGGCGACUUGCCAACAGAGGAAUUGGAUGUUAUUGAAUCAGUAUUGAAUUGUAUUGCACCUGAAACUUCCUCUAUCAAUGUUGCCGAAUUAGGCCGACUAAUGUUAUUCUGCUUAAAAAUGAAGCGCCCUUGUAUAUCAAUGUCAGAAUUGAGAAUGUAUUGCUCAUCACCUGAAUCAAAUAUGUUAGGUUGUUUGGAUAAAGGUUUAUUGUUAGGAAAAUCAGCACGUAAAAAGGGAGAAUUUAUAUAUGGCCCAAUGUGUCCAGAGUUAGCUGAAUUUUUAGCUGCUAACUAUAUUGCUUCAUUAGCAAAUAGACCUGGUUUGCUGUCAGCAGAAAUCACAGGCCUAACAAUAGGUGAUGAAUUAGAUCCAGAUAUGCUGAAAGUUAUAAAAUAUGCAAUGGGAUUAUUAGGACCAAGAUCACAUGUUCUACUUUCUAAGCUCACUCCAUUAUGGCUUAGUCCACAAACAGUAUUUUCUUUAGCUUUGGCUGGUGGUAACUCAGAUGAAAAUCUUGCAGCUUUAUGUGAUAUUUUAGGUAUAUCGAAACAUCCUCCUAUUUCGCCACUGGAGUCAAAACCCCUAUGGGUGCAAGUAAGAUCUGCGCCAACAGAAUUAAUGGGCUGGGGUAUGGCAUUGAAAAGUCAUACAUGCACACUAAAAAAUUUAGAAUUAAUUUAUCAAUUAGACAAACAUCAUUUAUUAGAUGCUAGAAGUGCUAUGGAAAUUUUCCUCGACUCUUUAGAAAUAAACGAAAGUGUUUCAACUUUACGAAUAACUUCACUGAUUGAAAAUGAAGUAAAGGAUUCUGAAAUUGGUUAUUUAGGAAGUUGUGUUGCCAAAGCAUUAAUUAAACCUAGAUUAGAAAGUUUUGAAUUAAUUUUAACUUUAUUAGAGGAGGAUCCACCAAUAUUAAAAUUACAACCAGUUGUUUCAGCUCUGUGUAGAUCAAUACCACGGCAACCAAAACUAAGUUGUUUGCAAUUAGAUUUAGGUCUUAGUACAUCACAAUUAGUUCAAUUGUGUUCUGUUCUGGAUAAAUGUCCUAAUAUAACAAGGUUAUCAUUACCACAUUUACGUUGCGAGCGUGGUGCUGUUACAGCUUUGGCAACCUUAUUGGCUGCUAGACCAUUAAAUUUCCUAUCAAUUCCAUCUUGUUGGGGUGCAAGAGAUGAUCCACCAUCAUCAAGUGGUGUUAGCAUGGGCUCUGGAAGUGGUAGUAGUACCGGAACAUCAGGUUUAAUUAAACAAGGUUCGCUAACUGGUGUUCCAUCACCCCGAGCAUAUCCACCUGGUUUAUUUUCAUCAUUACCACGCGGUAUGUAUGUACCGACAGCAACAAUGGGUCGAUCAGCCACUUUACCAAGACAACCGAUUGAGCCACCACCAGAUAAACGUAGUUGUGAUUCAGUUGUAUCAAAAACAUGGUAUCCAACACCAGCUUGUGAUGGUGGUCCACAUAGUUCCGGUACACUACAUGAUCUAUUGUUGGCAGCAAGAGAACCAUAUUCAAAAUUACACGGCUUAGAUUUAAGCAAAGCUCAAUUAUCAUUAGAAGAUUCAAUGUGUCUUGGUGAAACAGUUCGCCUAUCAAAUACUUUACAUACAUUAAAAUUAGAAGGUUCAUCACGUUUAAGUGAAAUUCUUCCAUCUGUAUUAGGUGCAAGUGAAUCACCAUGUUUACAAAUGUUAAGCAUUGGUUCACCUAGAUUAAAUUUAGAAGAUUCUGUAAUUGCUAUGUCCGCAAGGUCAUUAACCAGUUGUACAACACUUCGUCUUUUAAGUUUAGAUGGAUGGACUUUCAGAAUUGAGAUUCCAUCGACUUUAUCAAUUUUAAGAGCAUUUUUGUCGCUCACAUCAAUACGAGAGUUAAGUCUGGCUAAUUGUCGUUUACAAAUUGGAACAUUUAAAAGUGAUUCAAAAAUAAUAAAUCCAUUUGAAUCACGUUCAGUUGUUGUAUUGAAAUUAUCAUCAGCACAAGUAACAUUAGGUGAUUCAAUAAUAUGGAAAGGACCACAAUUAUUACCAAUAAUAUGCGGUUUUCCAUGCUUAAGAGAAUUAGAUUUAUCAGCACCAGCUAGAUCUGGUUUGGGUAGUACAACACAUUCAACUCCAUUAAUAAUAGAUGAUAAAUGUUUGAUAAAUUUUUUCCAAUCAUUACAUACUCAUUUUAGUUUGCUCAACACAUUGAAAGUAUGCAACUGGGUAAUUCAUUUUGAUGAUCCAACAAAAACAUUGAAAACAUUAUCAAAAUGCAUCCGUAAUAGUCCAAUUAGCCAUUUAAAAUUGGAUGGUGUUUCCGUUUUAGAUAGAACGAAAAAAAUUCGUAUUGAAUCAAGUUUUUUGCACUGUUUUAUAUCCUCAUUACCAUUAUUACGUUGGAUGGGUAUAAGUUUAUCUGGUAAAAAGGAAGAUCAAAUAACAGCCAUUGGGAAUGCAGUUCUAGAUUUAAAAGGAUAUGAAAUUGAUAUUAAAUUAAGUGAAUCUACUAUCGAACAUGCUAAACUAAUGGCUCAAGCAAUUAGCUUAGAUGGAAAAUUUGAUAUUAAAGUAUCAACAUUUGGAACAUCAAGUGGAAUAUUGGUUCAUGCUGAAAAAUCCGGUACAAAAAGUUUAAAUCGUAAAAAUAAUAAAGACUAAAAAAAAGAACAAAAUAUUUUAAAAUAACAAAAGAAAAUUAUUAUUAUUCCAUUUGCAACAGAAAUUAUAAAAAAAACUAUAAAAUUUAUUUAUAUAAAAAGAUCACGUCUAUUCUUCAAUAGAUUUUCAAUAGUAAAUAAAGCAUAUAAAAAAUAUUCUAGAUAUACACACCAAGUAUACGUGUAUAAAUCAAUGAGAAAGAGAAAGAAUAACUAAAUUGAAUAUAAUUAGGAAACUUUUAUCCUAUUUUUUCAUUCAUUUCAUUUAAAUGCAUUUCAUCCUAUAUCCUAAAUUUAUAAAGCUGGAUAAAAUACCAAUAUUACUUAUACUCUAUUUGGAUAAGCAUUAUGGUAUAGCAAUGAAAAAUCUGUAAUCAAUUUAAUCGUUUCUUGAUUUCUAUACUACCUUAAAUACUAUAUACAUAACUAACCAACAUAUAUAAAUUUCAUUAUUUUGCUAUAGGAAAGAAAAAAACGCCAAGGAUAAUAAACAAGGAUUACUGCAAAAAAUAUUGUAAAUCGAAUAAUUUAAUAUACUUUUACAAUUUUCUCGUUAUUAUUUUUAGAAAGAAAAGGGGAUAAUUCUUAAAUAGCUUCACAUUUCAAGUUAAAGUAGACAUUAAGCUAUAUUAUACCUAGUACCAUUUUCAAUUGCUUAUACUACUAUAAAAAUUUAAUUUAGAAUUUAAUUUAGAAUGUUGGGUUCUCUGAUUUUAAACUAAUAAAAUUGAAACUUAUUACGAUAAUUUUGUAUAAAUUCGAAGAGAAAAAUUAAUGCGUAAAUUGAAACUUUU